GCUCUCGAGGUGUCUGGAGGCCUAGUGACCCCUGGACCCAGGAGGCCCAAGGAGCUGGAGGUGACCCUGAGGCAGCAAGACCCCAGAGGAAGGGUGCAAACCCUGCGGACGACUGUGCGGUACCCCAGUCUGGGCUCCUGUUAGGAGGGGGUGCCUGUGUCCAGGCAGCGGCUCAGAGGCAGCUGCUCCAUGCAGAACUGAAGCUGGUCCUGCAGCAGAAGGGGGAGAGGAAGCAGGAGCCUGGGGCCCAGGUGACUCCCAGAGGUGCCAUGGAGGCCAGGAGCCGGAGUGCUGAGGAGCUGAGGCGGGCGGAGUUGGUGGAGAUCAUCGUGGAGACCGAGGCGCAGACCGGGGUCAGCGGCAUCAACGUCGCAGGCGGCGGCAAGGAGGGAAUCUUUGUCCGCGAGCUUCGGGAGGACUCGCCCGCGGCCAGGAGCCUCAGCCUGCAGGAAGGGGACCAGCUGCUGAGCGCCCGGGUGUUCUUCGAGAACUUCAAAUACGAGGACGCACUACGCCUGCUGCAAUGUGCCGAGCCUUACAAGGUCUCCUUCUGCCUGAAGCGCACUGUGCCCACCGGGGACCUGGCCCUGCGGCCUGGGACCGUGGCCGGCUACGAGAUCAAGGGCCCACGGGCCAAGGUGGCCAAGCUGAACAUCCAGAGUCUGUCCCCUGUGAAGAAGAAGAAGAUGGUGAUGCCCGGGGCCCUGGGGGCCCCUGCAGACCUGGCCCCUGUUGACGUCGAAUUCUCCUUUCCCAAGUUCUCCCGUCUGCGUCGGGGCCUCAAAGCAGAGGCUGCCAAGGGUCCUGUCCCAGCUGCCCCAACCCGCCGGCGCCUCCAGCUGCCUCGGCUGCGCGUCCGGGAAGUGGCGGAAGAGGCCCAGGUGGCCCGGCUGGCCGCUGCUGCUCCUCCCCCAAGGAAAGCCAAAGUGGAGGCUGAGGUGGCAGCAGGAGCCCGCUUCACAGCCCCCCAGGUGGAGCUGGUUGGGCCCCGGCUGCCAGGUGCUGAGGUGGGUGUCCCCCAGGUCUCAGCCCCCAAGGGGCUGGGAGAGGUGGCCCUCCACCUGCCAACCCUUGGACUAGGUGCCCCAGCUGCACCUGCUGUGGAGCCCACAGCCGUAGGGAUCCAGGUCCCCCAAGUGGAGCUGCCCACCUUGCCCUCGCUACCCACCCUGCCCACGCUCCCCUGCCUGGAAACCCGGGAAGGGGCUGUGGCAGUGACGGUGCCCACCCUGGAUGUGGCAGCGCCUACCGUAGGGGUGGACCUGGCCUUGCCGGGUGUGGAGGUGGAGGCCCGAGGAGAGGCACCUGAGGUGGCCCUAAAGAUGCCCCGCCUCAGUUUCCCUCGCUUUGGGGCUCGAGCAAAGGAAGUUGCUGAGGCCAAGGUGGCCAAGGACAGCCCCGAGGCCAGGGCAAAGGGGCCUAGACUUCGAAUGCCCACCUUCGGGCUUUCUUUGCUGGAGCCCCGGCCUGCUGCCGCCGAAGCUGCUGUUGAGAGCAAGCUGAAGCUGCCCACCAUCAAGAUGCCCUCCUUUGGCAUUGGGGUCUCGGCCCCCGAGGUCAAGGUGCCCAAGGGGCCUGAGGUGAAGCUCCCUAAGGCUCCUGAGGUGAAGCUCCCGAAGGUGCCGGAGGCAGCCCUCCCAGAUGUGCAACUCCCAGAGGUGGAGCUCCCCAAAGUGUCCGAGAUGAAGCUCCCAAAGGUGCCAGAGAUGGCCGUGCCCGAGGUGCGGCUCCCAGAAGUACAGCUCCCCAAAGUUCCAGAGAUGAAGCUCCCUGAGAUGAAGCUCCCGAAGGUACUCGAGAUGGCUGUGCCCGAGGUUCAGCUCCCAGAAGUACAGCUCCCCAAAGUUCCAGAGAUGAAGCUCCCCGAGAUGAAGCUCCCGAAGGUGCCUGAGAUGAAGCUCCCGAAAGUGCCCGAGAUGGCCGUGCCCGAGGUGCAUCUCCCAGAAGUACAGCUCCCCAAAGUCCCCGAGAUGAAGCUCCCCGAGGUGAAGCUCCCGAAGAUGCCCGAGAUGGCUGUGCCCGAGGUGCGGCUCCCCGAGGUACAGUUGCCAAAGGUCUCAGAGAUGAAAGUCCCCGAGAUGAAACUCCCCGAGAUAAAGCUCCCCAAGGUGCCUGAGAUGGCCGUGCCUGAUGUCCACCUCCCGGAGGUGCAGCUGCCAAAGGUGUCGGAGAUGAGGCUGCCGGAAAUGCAGGUGCCAAAGGCCCCAGAGGUGCAUCUGCCAAAGGUCCCAGAGGUGAAGCUGCCCAAGGCCCCGGAGGUGCAGCUCAAAGGGGAACAGGCAGAGAGGGUGGAAUUUGGCUUCAAGCUGCCCAAGAUGACCAUGCCCAAGCUAGGGAGGGCAGAGUCCCCAUCACGAGGCAAGCCGGGUGAGGCAGGGGCUGAGGUCUCUGGGAAGCUGCUCACGCUUCCCUGUCUGCAGCCGGAAGUGGGCCCCGAGGCUCGAGCGGGUGUCCCCUCUCUCACACUGCCCUCCGUGGAGCUAGACCUGCCAAGGGUCCUCAGCCCGGAGGCGCAGGUCCCAGCAGCCGCCGUGGGCAAGGUGGAGCGGCCAGAGGGCCCUGGGGGAGCCGCGGGGGUCGGGGAGGCGGCCUUUCGGAUGCCCUCGGUUGAAAUCGCCCCUCCGCAGCUGCCCUCGGGGGAGGUGGAGGUGGAGGGGCGGCUAGAGGAGAUGGAGAUGAAAGUCAAGCCCUCCUCCAAGUUCUCCCUGCCCAAGUUUGGACUCUCAGGGCCCAAAGUGGCCAAGGCCGAGGCCGAGGCGCCCGGGCGGGCCACCAAGCCGAAGGUGUCCAAGUUCACCAUCUCACUCCCCAAGGCCCGAGCGGGGACUGAAGCCGAGGCCAAAGGGGCAGGAGAGGCGGCAGGCCUGCUGCCCGCCCUCGAUCUGUCCAUCCCGGAGCUCGGCCUGGAUGCCCAUCUGCCCACAAGCAAGGUGGAGGUGGCAGGGGCUGAUGUCAAGGUCAAGGGGCCCAGGUUUGCCCUGCCCAAGUUUGGGGUCAGAGGCCGGGACGCUGAGGCGGGAGAACUAGCGCCAGGGGUGGGCGAGUUGGAGGCCAAGGGCUGGGGUUGGGAUGGGAAGGUGAAGAUGCCUAAGCUGAAGAUGCCCUCCUUCGGGCUGGCUCGGGGGAAGGAAGUGGAAGUCCAGGGUGGGCGCGUCAGCCCGGGAGAAAAGCCAGAGCCCACGGCAGGGCCGCUUAAGAUCCCCGAGGUGGAGCUGGUCACCCUGGGGGCCCAGGAGGAAGGCAGGGCCGAGGGGGCAGUGGGUGUCGGUGGAGUUCGGCUGUCAGGCCCGCAAGUGUCCACGACCAGACUGGCAGGCGCCGAGGGCCAGGAGGGGGCGCUGAGGAUGCCCCUGGGCAUCUCCUUGCCCCAGGUGGAGCUGGCCAGCUUCGGGGAGGCCGGCUCAGGCGCCACCCCGGGGCAGCAGGUCAAGGGCGCGGCCCCUUCAGCAGAGGGCACAGCAGGCUACAGGGUCCAGGUGCCCCAGGUGACCUUGUCUCUGCCUGGAGCCCAGGUGGCAGGUGGGGAGCUGUUGGUAGGUGAGGGCGUCUUCAAGAUGCCCGCCGUGACAGUGCCUCAGCUUGAGUUGGACGUGGGGCUGGGCCGAGAGGCGCAGGUGGGUGAGGCGGCCACAGGUGACGGUGGCUUGAGGCUGAAGAUGCCCACACUGGGGGCCAGAGCUGAGGCCGGAGAAGAGGGGCCCGGAGAGCAAUCCCCGGGGGCCGAGCGCACCUUCCACCUCUCCCUGCCGGAUGUGGAGCUCUCACCGCCCGCCGUGGGCAGCCACGCUGAGUACCAGGUGGCAGAGGGUGACGGGGAGGCGGGACACAAGCUCAAGGUGAGGCUGCCCCGGUUUGGCCUGGCUCGGGCCAAGGAGGGCAUUGAGGAGGGUGAGAAGACCAAGAGCCCCAAACUCAGGCUGCCCCGAGUGGGCUUCAGCCAGAGCGAGGCGGUCACUGGGGAAGGCUCCCCCAGCCCCGAGGAGGACGAGGAGGAGGGUGGCGGGGAGGGGGCCUCUGGGCGCCGAGGCAGAGUCCGAGUCCGCUUGCCCCGCGUGGGCCUGGCUACCCCGUCCAAGGCCUCUCGGGGACAGGAGGGCGAGGCAGCCCCCAAGUCCCCCGGCGGGGAGAAGUCACCCAAGUUCCGUUUCCCCCGGGUGUCCCUAAGCCCCAAGGCCCGGAGUGGGAGCGGGGACCACGAAGAGGGUGGAUUCCGGGUCCGGCUGCCUAGUGUGGGGUUUUCGGAGACAGGGGCUCCGGGCCCUGCCAGGAUGGAGGGGGCUCAGGCUGCAGUGGUCUGAAGCCGCAGGGCAGAGGGAGAGUCCCCUCCCCUCCUCCCGUUCCCACCUCCUCCUUGUUUUGUGUGUGAGAUAACUAGCACUAACCCUCAGAGGGCCGGGAGGUGGGUGACUGUUGGGACAGGGCGGGGGGCCUCGUGCCCGGCUCAUUGGCAGGAGUACCUGUAUCUUGCCAAGCCAUGUGAAUAAAGUAAUCCCGAGAUA